AUGUUCAUCAUCAAUUGGUUCUGGGACGUUCUCGCGCAGCUAGGUCUAUUGCACAAGAAUGCGAAGAUUCUGUUCUUGGGUUUGGACAACGCUGGCAAGACCACCCUCUUGCACAUGCUGAAAAAUGACAGGCUUGCCACUCUUCAGCCUACGCUCCACCCCACGUCGGAGGAGCUUGCUAUCGGUAACGUGAAGUUUACAACCUAUGACCUUGGUGGACAUCAGCAGGCUCGACGUCUCUGGCGCGAUUAUUUCCCCGAAGUGGAUGGCAUUGUUUUCCUCGUGGACUCGGCCGACUUUGAGCGCUUUGCAGAAUCCAAGGCAGAGCUGGACGCCUUGCUUUCCAUUGAGGAGCUGUCCAAGGUGCCUUUCCUUGUCCUAGGCAACAAGAUAGACGCACCGGGAGCCGUAAGCGAGGAGGAACUCAGACACCAGCUUGGACUGUACCAGACGACUGGCAAGGGCAAGGCCCCCCUGAAUGACAUUCGUCCCAUUGAGAUUUUCAUGUGCUCCGUCGUGCAGCGACAAGGUUAUGGUGAAGGUAACGUGUGUUAG